AUGAAUAAAGGCUUUGAAAGGCAAUUAGGCCACUCGAAACUAAAGGCAGUCGCGCAGUUCAAGCAAUUAGAGCGAAAGCUUGAAAAAUAUCGGCAGCUAUGUGAAAAGUACAACCAUUUCAUGAAUGAGUAUAUUGCAAUGAACCAUAUGAAACCAGCAGUGGAGACUAAUUCUCUAGAAUGUUAUUUACCACAUCACGGUGUCCUAAAAUUUGAAUCUAAUAGUACAAAAUUACAAGCUGUUUUUAAUGCAUCGGAAAAAAAAUCGACUGGCUUUAGCUUGAAAGACUUAAUGGAGUGCGGCUCUAAACUGCAACGUGAUAUACUGGAAUUAUUAUUAAGUUGGCGUGCUUACAAAUAUGUAUAUAAAGCAAAUUGCGAAAAGAUGUAUCUUAUGAUCAAGGUACAAGAAGAUGUCCAGCAACUACAUAAGAUUAUGUGGCGGAACGAACAAGGCGCUAUGCAAGAUUUUCAGUCAUGCACUGUCACAUAUGGUAUGAAAGCUGCACCUUACUUGGCUCUCAGAACGAUGCAGCAAUCAGCAAGUGAUGACGCUGACGUUUACCCUAUAGCAACUGAGAUCUUGAAGAAGAGAUUAUAUGUUGAUGAUUUGAUAUAUGGUAGCAACAAGAUCGAGAAAGCAAAGCAAGCACAACGCAAAUUAAUUGAUAUAUUACGAGAAAGCGGUUUUAACUUGAGAAAAAGGUCCAGCAAUGAACCCAGACUCCUAAAAGAUUUAUCUAACGACCAAAUUAAUGUCUCUACUGUUAACUUCAACAACUGCUCAUCAUCAUCAACUAAGGCAUUAGGGUUGCGUUGGCAUCUAUCCUGUGAUAUUUUUACAUUUGACAAUAAGAUUGAGAACACGCAAAAGCCCGAUACAAAACGCUCUAUUUUGUCAAACAUAUCGAAGCUUUUCGACGCGCUCUGUUGGUUAUCUCCGAGCACAAUAAAAGCAAAACUAUUGUUUCAACGACUUUGGAGUGAGCAUAAGGAAUGGGAUCAAUCAUUGUCACCAGAUAUUCAACACGAGUGGAGUAAACUAAAGGAAGAAUUAAUGAACAUAAGUAAAAUUAAAAUUCCGAGAUGGGUCAGCAAUACUCAAUCAUCAGUACACGGCUACGCAGAUGCGUCAGAAAAGGCUUAUGCGACCGAAGUUUACAUCAAAACCUAUAAGGAGGAUAAGGAACCCAGGAUAAAUCUCAUAGCAGCGAAAACAAAGCUAGCCCCACAGAAGAAACGUAUUACAUUCAAAAACAUAUUAAAAAAGAUAGACAGGUUACACACUAACAUUAAUGUAUUUUAA